AAUUGCCUCCGACCAAGAGUGACUGCCUCGUCUAAGCUUUUGAACCCAAUGAGUCAUUAGUAAUCACAUGACUAACAACCCUUGAGACUUGAGUCAUUAGUUUUUUGGAUCUCAAACCCAUAAACAGCGUGGAUACAGAUAUUCGGUACAUCAACUUUUGAUUUGAUGGUGGUGGUCGACUUAUUGGAUGUCGCAAAUCUAGAGCUUGAGAGCACCACGUGAGUUGACUCGGCUGGGUCGGCUGGGUCGCUAUUGUGAGCACCACGUGAAUUGGACGGUUGUUGAACCGGCAUGGUUUGGUGGAUGCAUGGUGACUGAUCGAUGGGAGGCGGCCCGCCCUGCUGUGUCUUGAUGCCUGAUGGAGAAAGAAUAGUGUUGUUCUCAGUGGAGUUGAAGCAGCCCAAGAAAAUGGAGACGUAUGGACAAACUGACACAAUAUGAGCGUGUGUUCAAUCACUUUGAUGACAAUGGAGAUUCAAAGAUAUCACCCUCGGAGCUGCAGCAAUGUGUUGAGGCAAUAGGUGGGGAGCUUUUGCUAGCGGAGGCGGAGGCGGUGGUGGAGUUGCUGGACUCAGAUGGAGAUGGGUUGUUGGGUUUUGAGGACUUCGUGAGGUUUCUUGAAGGAGGGGAAGAGGAAGAGAAAGUGAAGGAUUUGAAAGAAACAUUUAAGAUGUAUGAAAUGGAUGGUAGUGGAUGUAUUACACCCAAGAGCCUUAAGAAGAUGCUUAGUAGACUGGGUGAGUCCAGAACUAUCGAUGACUGUAAGGUGAUGAUUUCUCAAUUUGAUCUCAAUGGUGAUGGGGUCCUCAAUUUUGAUGAAUUUAGGGUCAUGAUGUCAUGAUUCUUCUUUUAACUUCGUUGUAUAAUAAUCUAGAUUAAUAGCUACGUUGUGGGCUGACCCACAAUAAUUCUUUUGUAAUGAGGCAGGGCCUAUAUCUAUUUCAAAGAUUUCAUAAUUCGUUUAGCCAAAGAUAUAAAUGGUUAGGGCCUAGUUUCUCUUCCAUUUUCAUAUCUAGUAAAAAUCUUUAUAUUCAGAUUCUUUUUUUAUUAAAAAAAAAUCCUUGUUCAUUGAUUAUUAUG